AUGUUCAUAGCAGGAUUGCCAAUCGCCAUUGUAGCUGCGAUCCUGCUUGCCACCGCUCCGGUGUCCUUGACCGCGCUCAAGCGUGAUGGAGACCUGCCGCCCAUCGUAGAGGAGCUUUCCCAUCGAAACGUUCCCUACAGGUGGAGAGCAUGGGCCGAGGCCAGCAAAAAGUACGGUGAGCAUCAUGUGCGCCUGCUUCGUAAUGUCACGCACGCCUUCUCAACAUGGACCUCCAUCGUCCAGGUGAUGUAUUCCGCGUCGCGGAUGGCUCAGAGGUGCAAGUGGUACUCAACUCUGCCAAAGCUGCGGUGGAACUACUGGAUCGCAGGGCGGACAUCUACUCGUGCCGGCCAAGGUUGGUCAUGGCCUGGCAAAUGGCCUCCGAAGAGCUUGGCAUCACCUUUGCGCCCCAUGGGCCCCUCUUUCGACAGCAUCGUAGGGUCCUGACGCCAGCCUUCUCGUCAAAGGCCGUACGCGGGUACGAAGGCGCAAUCACAGCCGAGACGAAGCUGCUGCUGCGCGGCUAUCUCGAUGCUCACAAGGGCCUAUCCAUCGCAAACGACGCACCCAAGCACAGCCAUGGCGUCGAGGAGCAGAACAAGACGCCGACACACUUUCUGUUGUGUCAAAAAUUUGCUGCUUCAUUGAUCAUGCGGAUCGUGUAUGGACGGGCAGUGAGCUCGCUCCAGGAUGAGGAUCUCAAGACCAUCAACGAGUGCAAUGAGCGCUUCUUCAGACUCGCCGGCACUCGCACAGCUGUGGAUCGCUAUCCAUUCCUUGCGCACAUCCCUCGCAUCUUGUCACCCUGGGGACGCGCGGCCAAGGCGUGCUUCGACGCCGAGAUUGGCCUGUUUCGAAAACAGCUGGAGCGGCUGGAGCUGCUCCCCGAGGAGCAAAAGAGCGGUAGGGUAGCUCAGCAGGCGAUCGAACUCGGGAAAAAGUAUAGCCUGACGCGAGAUCAGAUCGCUUACCUCGCUGGCUCCAUGUAUGGCGCGGGCAGCGAAACCACGGCGCAGGCCAUGCUCGUCAUCUUGAUGGCACUCGCUCUAUACCCAGUCUACGCCCGUCGCGCGCAAAAAGAAAUAGACGAUUGCAUCGAAGCAGGAUCGUUUCCGGCUAUGCACGACCUCGACGGUUCACGCCUCGCCUUUUCAAAAGCCAUCGUGCAGGAAGCGAUGCGCUGGCGGCCAUUUGUAGCGAGCGGCGCACCUCACCGACUGACCAAGGAUGACGUGUACAGAGGUUGGCGCAUACCAAAGGGUACGACCGUCUUUGGCAACACGCAUGCAAUUUAUCACGACCCCGAGGUGUGGGUGCGGCCAGAUGAAUUUCUUCCCGAUCGCCAUUUGCCUCGAUCAGAUCUCCGACGGGAGGCGGAGUUCAGUGCUCGGAGGACGCCAUUCUCUUUUGGCUUUGGUCGAAGGAUGUGCCCAGGCCACGAGCUGGCCACGCGCGCUCUCGAAUACACGCUGGUAUGCACGUUGUGGGCCUUCGAUGUGCUUCCGCCAUCAGCGCUGGAGCCCCAAAUCGACACCUGUGCAUUCACCGACUCUUUGGGGUCGUACCCAAAACCAUUUUUUUGUCACGUCGCACCCCGAAACCCGCAGAGCAUCGCCGCCCUGGAGGCAUUCUUGGAGCGAGAUCACUCGUAG